AUGUGGUCCACAUCGCAAUCUCUAUUUUCUUUCUUCUCUGUUCUUUGCACUCUUGUUCAGGCCAAGCCCCAUGCGAAUCCUCAAUGGCAUCACCGCCACAGCCGAGGAGUCGCUGCUUCCCCCACAUCCUCGACGACUACCACUACUACCAGUACCUCUCCAACCCCAAGUACACCCCAAUCCUCGGGUACUACCAGCGACUCAAGCAGCCCCAACAUCGGUAUCCUUUACGAUAGUACCAGCGAUUUGUCAGCCUUCAGUGGCCAAGUCGGUUUCUCGGUGGAUUGGUCGCCCAUCCCGCUCAGCUCUUCCGACAAUCUCGAUCUAGGCACAUUCUACCCUCAACUAUGGACCUUCCAGGAUAGCAACCAUCUCAACCCAUGGACCAAUGCUGCACCCUCAUGGCCUUCUGGCAUAAAUCUGAUCGGGUUCAAUGAGCCGGACAUGCCCGGACAGUCUUGGAUGACGCCCAGCACAGCAAUCUCAGGUUGGAACUACAUCGCCCAAUAUCAGUCCUCUAAGGAUGCCAAGAUUUCCACACCAGGUGUCUCCAAUUCUGUUGUGUCACUAGGCACGAUUGACGGCGUCGCCAAUCCCGCAGGGCAGGAGUGGAUGUCCCAGUUCCUCUCGUUGGCGGCAUCGAACAGCCCAAAAUACACGUUCCAAGCUAUAAGCAUGCACUGGUACGGCAGCAGCUCUCUGACAGUAGAUGAGAACGGCGCGAUGUUGAAUGAGCAGGCUGGGGCUAUGAUCCAGCUGGCGGAAGACAACGGUAUUCCAGAAGUGUGGAUCACCGAGAUGGGAAGCGGUUAUGAUGCCUCCACAGCUACCGAAGAUUGUCAAUUCAUUCAAUGGCUCGAAGGCACCUUCAUGAAGAACGCCUCGAACUCCAUGAUCACACACUACGCCUACAAUGAGCAUCUGGGUACCCUGCUGAACGGGGAUUCCAUGACCAGUUCGGGCUCUGCGUAA